AAAGUGUCGGGUGGGGAGCCGUGGUGAACGCAGUUCUCGACUGAUCGCCGAGAAGGUGUAACGGUGUUGCUAGAUGCGAGUGACGGCGAGGCGUACGAAAAGCCACGUGAUCGACUCUUUCACCGGCUGAACGUGACAGCUGAACGCGGCGACAGCCUUCGCGAUCAUUCGUUCUACUUCUUCGUCGUCGACCUUCAACCACUUAAGGAGUGUCACUGCUCUAUAUUGCCGUAAAUUCCUUGAGUCUCGUCGCGAAACAAAACCUAAACAGAUCAUGACAGCAAACGUAAAGCAUGGUUGAUCGUUGAGCCGGGUUUUAUGCAAAAAUUUAUAUAUGAUUUAUUUUUUCGAUCGAGCUCUUCCGUUAUCUUUGCUCGUCGAAUAUGAGUGAUGUUCCGGUUCGUGAGCAAAAGAAGUCGUAUGUCGAUCAAAGACGCGUUUAAAUUGUUUAUUUGGUCCGGAAAAUCAGGAUAGCUUUCGAGAGAGGGGGCGUGUUUAAUUUGAUCGUCGUUGAGGCACGCGGAUUGAGACAUGCCAGAGAAACGUAGUUAACCAGAUACGUGAUUCUUGUGUGAUACAACGUGAACGGCGCGGCAUCGUGCAGUGUUUAAGGGUGUUGAAGGUGCGUCCAAUGACGGGAUAAGAAUGUCACCGGUGCUACAGCGGUAGAGGGUGUCACGGAUCUGGGAUUUUCGAGGCUGAGGAGCGCUUAGAUAAGGCAUGCUAUGCGUCAGAAGACUGGAAACAGAGGUUCUCGCGGAAGAUGACAGCGUUAAGUAGAUAAAGGAACAGCUGCUGGUUCCACCGACCGACGACGACGACGAUUCAUCGCGUUUUCCAUGCAGUGCACAAUGCUCUGCCAUCGCGCUCUUGUCGUUCUCUUUGCUGUCAACGUGCCAAUCGUGACGGGGCUCGAGCCAGACUUCACAUACCCGUUGGAGAACUUAACGAUCUCGCAGGGUCGAGACGCAACCUUCACCUGCGUGGUGAGCAACCUCGGUGGAUACCGGGUGAGUCCUUCCUCCUCCGCGAGCGGAGAUCACUCUGGCGGCGCCAAGGCCCGGGUGGCGUGGAUCAAAGCAGACACCAAGGCAGUCCUGGCGAUUCACGAACACGUGAUCACGAACAACGCGCGUUUAUCAGUAACACACAGUGACUACAACACGUGGACGUUGAAUAUUCGUGGGGUACGCCGAGAAGAUCGAGGCAUUUACAUGUGUCAAGUCAACACGGAUCCUAUGAAGAGUCAGAGCGCGUUUCUAGAAGUGGUGAUACCGCCGGACAUAAUAUCCGAAGAGACCUCGAACGACUUGAUGGUACCUGAGGGCGGAUCCGCAAAACUGGUCUGCAAGGCUCGCGGCUAUCCAAAACCUGAGAUCGUAUGGAAGCGAGAAGAUGGCGCCGAGAUUAUUUCCCGUGCCGGAUCGUCCGGUGGCAAAACGAAAAUAGCUACUGCUGAAGGGGAAACGCUGACUUUGUCGAAAGUAACCAGAAGCGAGAUGGGCACCUACCUGUGCAUCGCGAGUAACGGAGUACCACCAUCAGUCAGCAAACGAAUGAUGCUGCACGUACACUUUCACCCGAUGGUUCAAGUACCAAACCAGCUAGUCGGCGCGCCAACUGGAACCAACGUAACGCUGGUUUGUCUCGUCGAAGCUUCUCCGAAGGCCAUUAAUUAUUGGACACGCGAAUCAGGCGAAAUGAUAAUUAGCAAUCACAAAUACUCGAUGUCAGAAGUGAAGACAUCCGUGUACAGUGUACAGAUGCGCUUGGUAAUUAUGAAUCUACAGAAACAGGAUCUCGGUGGUUACAAGUGCAUCUCAAAGAACUCGAUCGGCGACGCAGAGGGAAACAUUCGACUUUACGAUAUGGAUCUACCGAAACACUCGAAGAAACUGGGAGACCGAAGAUUGGACAGUGACACGAACGAAGCGGUCAACGAUCGAGAUCACAGACUGACUAACGUGUAUCAAGGCUCUUUACGGGAAACGGGUUCAACCUUGGAACCAUUCUUCAACGGCGACGACGCAUCCUCGUCGACGUCCUCAAACGACAUUUUUCCACCCGCCUCUUGUAUUCUUCUAAUAACAUUGUCCCAACUGCUCGCUUUGACGUAAAGAACACUAUAAAAAGAAAACACGUGAAUACAGAAGGAACGAAGAAUCAUGCGUUUACUUCAACGACGACGGUCGAUCAUUUUUUUUCCCGUGUGUCGAUGCAUAUCGAUUUCUGUGCUGCGUUAUACUCGUCGACAGAGAGAAAGCAAGUUGAUUACGGAAAGAUUAGUAACAAGUUUGUGUUGAUAUCUCAUCGUUGCAUUUGUUCGAUCCCUCCAUCGAUGAUACACUACCGGAUCUAGCUGACGAAUUAGAAUCGAAAGAGGUUGUAUCUGUUUGAAGAGUUCGUUCGGUAAGUAAUGAUACAUACAGAUUUCUAUCUCAUGUUAUAUAAUUUUAAAAUUCUAUCACUUUUAAUUUUUGUUAAUUUUUGUUAAUUUGGUUUAAUAUUUUACCGAGUAUUCAUUUUGAAUUUUAUUCAUUUUUGGUUAGAAAAUAUUAUUUUCAUUUAUUUAUUUAUAAUUCGUUUCUUAUCUUUAUUUGAAUUUUUUCCUUUUUAUGUAUUUAUCGUGGAUAUUAUAAAAUAAGAUCACAAAACGAUAUGAAAAUAUUUUUCGACGUAUUUCGAGCAAAAUAUUUCUUACAUACUUCUCCUAUACAACUUGUACAAAUUUUGAUAUUUCAUUUUACUUGGAUUUAACUUUUUCUACAACUUUUCGCAACGUAUUUGCCUAGUUUGAAAGUACUAAGUAUCGUGUAAUGUAAAAGCAAGUUUAACUGAAUUAGAAGAAUUUUAUACGAAACUUCAUGAUCUUCAUCGUUGAAGGACUGAUAAAAAUAUCGCACGAGCCUUAUACAUUUUUAUCUAAAAUUGGAUAAUUCAUUAUGCUGGACCAAAAUAUAUAUCGCAUCAUUCCGACUUGAAUGAAAAACUGUUAUUUAUUCGAACUUUGUUAUUAGUUCUUUGAAUUUUAAAAAUUCGUAACUUCUGAUUAAAGCAAAUUUGCAAAACACAGAAGUUGGAAUGGUAAACAAUUAGCGCCCGCAUUUUGUAUUUAUUUAUUACAAAAUUUUCAAUUAUCAUAUUUCUACCUAAAUAUUAAUCUUCCAUAUUUUUUUCUAUCCAUGUGCAACAUUUUCUCUAGAAAGCUGAACUGAACAACAAAUUAUCAAUCCAGAAAAAUAAGUAUUUAACUAAUAUUUAAAUUUUAUUAACAAACCUUUCAGUAGAAUCUUAUCUUCGAACAUUUUAUAACACUUCAUUUAUUAUUUUACUAGUGAAUAAUUUCACUAGGUUAAAUUUUGGUUAUUUGUAAACAACACGUUUUGCAAGUAAUACGCAAACGCUUGGCAAGCGAUAGAUUUAAAUUCGUUACGUCGCCGAGGUAGGCAUUUUUAUCUCUCCAAUUAAGAAGACACGUCUCGUUAGAGCAAUUUCACCAUCCACCUGUUACUCUGUAAUCCACUUGACCUACGUGUAUAAGUCCACACUUUAAUGUAGCACCACUUACACGAUCUUUCAACAAAAGAACCAGACCAGAGAAGUAUUUUAAAGUGGUUUUAAAAAUACGCGCCAAUGUGCCAGGUAGUUAAAUACAGUAAAUGACUAUAAAAACUAAACCGCUCGAAGAAAACAGGAAAAACAUUUAAAGAACCGAAAAAACAGUACGCUUGGCUUACUAAAUUAUCUUUUUCAUCAAUUCACGCGUAAUUUCAGACGAAUUGUUAAACAAUACGAAAUUCAUUAUAGUUGGACCUAGUUAAUUAGUACGUAAUAUAUGCAAUGAUCCGAAAAUUCUUUUUAUAGUCACUCCUAACAGUAACUUUUAUUUAAAGGAAACAUGCAUAAAAUCAAAAACAGGAUUACAAAUUACUGCCAAAUAGAAUAUCAAUAGAAACAACGAAACAAAAAGUAAUGAUUUUCUGAUUUCUCCAUCUCGUUAAUUCUCUCAAAUUAAUCACCCCUUUCAGUUACCAAAUAAUACUUGGUAAAAAGAGGGUAAUUGUUUCGGCUGGACAAUUUAUCGAACGAAUUUCUACUCGAAUUUUUCCUCGCGUACACCGCUUGAACAAAUGGAAAAAAAUCGACGGACUGAUUCCUUGUUUAUUCAGACCGCGAAACGAGUCGAACCUUUAGUCGUACCGCGAUAAACUUGGGUCACGAGUACAAUUGCACGUCGACCAACAGGGGUACGUUAUUGUAUCAGAGCUGACGAACGUGAAAUUAAUAUUCUAAUGAAUAUCGGAGAAACGUAACGGCAGAACGAAGAUCUCGUCGUGAAUCUCGUCAUAUCGAACAGCUCGCUCCACCGUGCGAUUGUCCGUUCUAGGCUUAACGAGAUAUCUCGUUAGCACUGCAUGUUCGCCUUCUCUAUCUCUCUUCGACGACCGGUCUGUCGAAUUGUCCGAUCUGUUGCAAUGAUAGAAUUAUUAAACCCCGGGCUCGUUUACUUUUUUCUUGUCCCAUCCUCAUCUCUACCCUUGUUUUUCCCCUACUUUUCUCUGUCCCUUUUCACGUUAUGUUUCACGGAUUCAUGUGUCUUUUUUCAACGUGUGAACACGCAUAUGGAGGGCAUGGAAUAAAAUCUGUUCCCUUCGUAUCCGACUCGCUGGAUUAUUAUGAUCGUUGACGGGGAUAUCAGACAACCGAGAUAAAUGCGAACGAAUGAAAUUUAGUUACGCAAAUGUUGCUCAUCAUCGGUUCACAAAGGAUCAUGUGCGUAGAUGCUACAUUGAUCAACUCUAUAAGAUAAAAGGAGCGACGAUAUUGCAAAUACUAUUUUUUAAAUUCAUUUUAGAAUUUGCUAUCCUUUAUAUCUUCUUCUUGCGACGAAUAAACUUAUUGACGUAAAUAAAUCGUGUAUUUGUAUGAUGAAAGUAAAAAAUUAACAAAAAGUAGAAUUGAGCAGUUUGAUUUCCAAGAAAUCAUGCAGAGAUUGUUUAACAAUUUGUUGUUCGACAGCUCUUGAUCAUUUUUCCUUUCAUUUAAUGUUUCUAGUGAGGUUUUUAAUUCUGUUAUUUUGAUUCUUCGUUGAAGUGUCAGAAAAUCUUGGAAUAUGUCCUCUGGGGUCCUUACAAAUUUUUCUAUACUAAUAAAUACAAUUAAAAAUGCCAGAUACAUAUAUACUAUUCGUACAUCAUAUCCGUUUCACUAGAAUAUCUAAAAUUUGAACGCAAAUAUUCAAAAGAAAUUUCACUGUUGGUGUAGGUAUCAUCGAGAGGAAACAUAUAAAUUGUAUCAUUCUAUUCUCUUGUUUCUUGUAUUACGUAGGAGGACAAGGAAUAAAUUGGCAAUUAUUAAUAACCUAUACGAAUCCAAUACAUAUCCCUAAUCAAUUAUAAAGUAGCGAUAUGAUUUCACAUUUUUAAGCAACGAUUAGGAGUACACAAGUCUGAAGAUAUUGUUAGAUUUCUAAUAAAUACGAAAAAAAUUGUACAGACGAACUGAGUUUAUGGUAAUCGUUACACGAAUACAAAGUUAAUGUACUUUUCGUGAGAAAAGAUUUUAUCAAGCUUAGAAAACUUUUGAAUAAGUUUUGCCAAGUUCAUCCACUUUGGUAGCAUAUUAUACGUUUCGUGGAUGUCCCAAUGUUUAAUAAAUUCAAAAAUGAAAAACAGUUUAUUCUUGUGAAAUGGAAAUUUAUUAUCACAAUUGUUUACAUAUUUACAUAUUAAUUACCGACAUUUAAUACAAUAUCGAUUGAUAAUUAGCUAGAAGAAUUUUAUUUGUUUCUUAAUUUCAGUAAUUUUUUCUAGUUACUCGUAACUUUCAUUGGACUUUCAUUCCUUAAAAAUUUGUUUUUCCUCAAAAAUUAUAUCACUUACACGGAAAAGAUAAACUCCCAUCAUACCGAAAAAUAUUACGCCUCUGAUCAAGAUAUCAUCGAUUUUCUGAUCUAUAAAAUUUUGAAAUGAAAUUUUAUAUAUAUAACGAUGCAAAAAUUACAAAGUAAUCACGUAUACGUUGUACGAAAAUGACAGUAUAACGAUAACGAUAAACGCAGUUUCCUGACAAAGUAUAGUUAAUUCAUUCAGCGUGCAGCGUGCGUUUUGCUCCCUUUUACAAGAAAGUCUCGUCGCUCAUAUACACGAAUAAAAGGAAAAAGAGAGGAAAAACUGGAAGAAAAAAGAGAGCAAGAGACGAGAUAAAGAUCAAAAACAAAAGAGUCGUGCAAUAAAGCACAAACUCAUUAAUUAAAGUCGUCGUAUGAGCAAGAAAUGAAGUUGUAUCCGUGCUUUCGAUACUGUUAUAUCGGUGUGCAUGCACAGAACGCCACGUUGUUCGUAUGAUGAGCUUCCACCGUAUGUAGUGUAAAAACGAAUAAAAAAAUAUUAUGAAAAAACGAAGAAACGCAAAAGUGGAAAAUAUUCCGAGCUAGUAAGAAUGUAAGAAAUGUAUCCCUUUGCUUUUGCAACCAACAAAUAAAGAGAGAGAAAAGUAUCGUUGAGCAUUAUUAUGGCGAGUCAUGGAUGAUUCUGUACGGAUGUAUGAGAGGGUGUGUGUGCAUCUUAAACGGGUAUGUAAUGUUAGGAAAUAUAUGUACGAUUUUUACGUACAAAAAGAAAACGAGCAAAAUUUCAUUUAUCCUAUGUAUAUAGAUAGGUUAUGCGAUUUUUUAAAUUUACAUAUUUUGAAUUAUCAUAUACAUGAUAAUGAUAUAUGAUAGUAAAUAAUAUUAUAUUUGUGAGAUGGAACUAUAUCAUCUUGAGUUAUAUUAUUAAUAUUGCGUAGGAUGUUUAAUAUAUUUUUGAAGUUUCUGUUGGAAUAAAGAGACUGAGAUAUGAUUUAUUUCUCACUAUAAAUCAAAGUAAAAUUAAAGUUUUGAUUUAUAAAUAGAUCGCACUUUUGCUAGACAACUUGACAGAUUUGUUGAGAAAACGCAGUUUUCUAGGAUUCUUUACGAAUAAUAUUCCUUUCAAUCAUAUUAAAAGGGUAUUAAAAAGAAAGUAAAAUAAUUCACUUCAGUUGAAAGAACGUGCCAAAGUGUGUGAAUUUGAAGUAGUGACGCCGCGUUUCAUCUAUUAAUCGCUUUUGAUCUUCCCUUUUAAAUACAUUCUAGUUAAUGAAAUUUUGUUUUAGAGGGAUGUAUCAGUGUUUGAUGCAAAAUGUUAAUGUUACGACAAUGUUUCCGAUAACGACAUCAUCCUGUUAAUAACUAAGAAAUCUUUUAUCGGACAAUUUUGUAUAAACAAAGCAACUAGUUCACAGAAGAUCGUACGGAACAUUUUAUUUAAUUAGUAGCUGAAAUAUAACGAACGCCAGUUUAAACAAAUUUCCCUUUAACUUAUUCGACGGAACAAAUUCCUUUGUUGCGUGAGAAAAUAAUCCUUGUUCUUGACGUCCGAUUUAAUAAUUACAGUCAAAGAUUUAUUUAAAAGAAAAAGUGCGGUUCGUUUAGGAAGAAAGUAAGAAAUUACGCGAAGAUUUUUAAUUUUGUUACUCUUCCAGUGAUGAUAACUCAUUAAUUGAAAUUUUUAUGGUAGAAAUCUUAUAUUUCAUGGCUUAAUAUAAUUUUUAAUGUGGUAAAUUUGAAAUGCGGAAUUCAAAUAUUUGAGAAUUUAAUAUGAAUGAAAAUUCAGCAACGAUUCAGAAGACGAAAAAUAGAAAACGAGGAAGAUGGUUCCAUAUAAGUUGAUAAUUCACAAAUAAACAACAUUUCUACACGCAAUUGCAAACAUGCGAAAUGAAUGAAUAUGAAUGAAUCGAUGACUGUUAGUAACUAGAAAGAAGAAAUUAUGCGACAUUUAAUAUUAGUGAAUAUGAGAAUACAUUUAUGUGUAGAUUGUGUAAAAUACGAAAUAUAAUGAAACGAUAUUAUUAAAGUUA